AUGGAAAGUUCCAAAAUUAAAUUAAACAAUAAUUUUUGUGGUGAACCGAAUGUUGACCUCGAUCCAUAUGGAAUAUUAAGAGAAUUUCUUAUAUUUCCUGAUGAUGAAGAAUUUAUAAAUGAUGAUGAAAAUAUUAAUGUUGAGAUGGUAGAUGAAAAUGUUGAUAGUGAAGAUUCAAAUAAACCUGACUCAGGUAAUAGUGUUUCGUCGUUAACGGAAAAUAAUGAUCAAACUGACAUUUCCGAUAGAGAAUCUUCUGAUAAGGAACAGCAAUCCAAGGUCAUUGAAAAAAAAAAUUUAUGUAAUAAAGAUAAACAACCACUGGUAGAGGAAGAUUGUGAAGAUUUUUUAAAUGCUAAACAAAAAGCUGAGACAAGGAGAUGUUUAUCAUCUAAAAUUUCACCUGAAGCACGAUUAAUAAAAGAUGAAGAAGCAUGGAAUGAAGAUUUAAGUGAACUUUAUGAUUUAUUAGAAGAAGAAGCUGAAAAAAAAAUAAAAGUUUCUUGUAAUUCAUUAAAAAAUUCUUUUCUUGAAGUGGAAGAAAGAGCAAUGAAAAGAAGUAGAUACAUUCGUCGUAACUUAACAAAAAAGCAAAUAAAACUUUCUUGUGAACAUUUUCUUCUUGAGGUUAUUAAUAGGUCUUUUAAUGAUUAUGUUACUGGACAUAAAAUAAAAUAUGAUGAUUUACUGAUAAAAUACUACCGAUAUGAUAACAGAAUGUUUGCACUAAAAAACACAUUAAGAAAUCAUGAAUAUUUUUCAAAAAUUAUUACACUUAUUUACAAUACACGUCUUAUAUAUGGAAAAUUAAUACCAAUAACACGUCUCAACAAUUUUGUUAAAAAUUUUGUACAAUCAACGUGUCCUUAUUUUAUUAUUGAUAAAGUUAGAAGAAUUGCUAGACAUUACGUUAGAAACUAUUCAUGGAUGAAUGAAGAUUACAACAGAGUUAGAAAAAAUAUUAGAUUUGAUAAUAAAAAUGAAAGAAUAACUGAUAGUGAUGAAUAA